AAAAAAUACUAUUUGCCAACAAAAGCCGGCGAAAAAUUCCAUAGUUAGUGAAUUGCAAAAAAAAAAGUAAAGAAUAGAAAAGAAAGAUGGAGCCAACGCUGGACAACUACAAGAUUAGCUGCGAGCUACUGGGACACAGCCUGGAUGUGCGUGCCGUGUCUGCCGGUGGCAGGACACCAGACGGCGCCCAAAUGAUUUUGUCUGGUUCACGGGACAAAACCACAAAACUAUGGAAAGCAAUUGGGGACGAGUACAUUGAGAGUGUAACGCUGAAGGAUCACAAGAACUUCAUAUCGUACAUAUACUUUCUGGAAUCGGAGCAAUGGAUUUGCACUGCCAGCAAUGAUGCGACAAUCUGUAUUUAUAAUCAGGACGCCUUUGUGCCCCUAUUGACGCUUAAGGGUCACGAAUCGACGGUUUGCAGCUUGGCCGCCGGCCUCAAAUCGCGCAGUAUCAUCAGCGGCAGCUGGGACAAGACCGCCCGUGUCUGGCUCAUCAGCGAGACGGGCGAUGUGACCUUCACCGUUCUGCAAGGACACGAGGCUGCUGUUUGGGCGGUGGCCACGAUUCCCGCCCAACAGAAAUAUGUGACUGGUGGCGCAGACAAGUGUAUUUACUACUGGAAUGCACAAGGCGAGAAAUUGCGCCUACUCAAAGGUCACACGGACUGUGUGCGUGCUCUGAUCCCGCUGCCCGCCAAUUCUCUAUUGUCCUGCGGCAAUGAUGCAGUGCUCCGCUUCUGGAACGAGGAUGGCGAAUGUGUGCGUGAGAUGAGCGGUCAUACGAACUAUAUUUAUGCCAUGGCCGGCAAUCCCGCACUGGGCGAGCACAUUGUGUUGUCCUGCGGCGAGGACAGCACCUUGCGCAUGUGGAAUGUCAUAACGGGUGAACAGUUGGGCGAUCCCAUUGUCCAUCCAGCAAUAUCGGUGUGGUCAGUUGCCUGUCUGCAGAAUGGUGAUAUUGUCACCGGUUGCAGCGAUGGCGUCGUUCGCGUCUUCACCAAAGAUCAGUCGCGUCAGGCAAAAGAGAGUCUCUUGCGCGCGUUUGACAUGGCCGUCGCCACACACAAGUCCCAGCUAAGCGAGGAAAUUGGCGGUGUCAAGAAGACAGAUUUGGCCGGACAGGAGGCACUGUUGUCAAAUGGCACACGGGAGGGGCAAACAAAGAUGGUGCGUCACGUGGAUGGAUCGAUCAAGUGUUAUGUGUGGGAGUUGGGCAAGUGGAAACUGGUGGGCGAUGUUACCGGUGCCACGGGCGGCACACAGGAGAACUCCGGCAAGAAAUUGCACGAGGGCAAGGAAUAUGAUUAUGUGUUUAAUGUGGACAUAUCCGAUACGGAGCCGCCAAUUAAGCUGCCCUACAAUCGCGGCGAGGAUCCCUGGCAGGCCGCCCAACAAUUCAUUCAUCGCAAUAAUCUGCCUCAGGCCUAUCUCGAUCAGGUCGCGAACUUUAUCAUCAAGAAUUCUGAUAAUGCGCAAACGGUGAUAGCGCAACCUACAACCGGCUAUCAGGAUCCGUUUACUGGUGGCUCGCGCUAUGUGCCCGGCUCCAGCAGCAGCAACGUGCAAGGCGCCGGCAACAUGGACCCCUUCACAGGCGCCUCCAGCUACUCCACGGCCAGCAGCAAUACGCAGUCCGGCACCAAUGUGAACUUUGUGCGUGGCAGCGAUAAACACUUCCCAGUUAGCACUUAUCGCACCUUCGACACAUGCGAUGCGAAAAAGGUGCUGGAGAAGAUGAAAGAGUUCAACAACAAACUAACCUGCGAGGAGGGCAAAGUGGGCGAUGAGAUUUUACUUGCCGUCAUUCGUCUGACGGAGAAGUCACCCGAAUUGGAUCCGACCGCAUUGGAGGCGCUGAUGAUGCUACUCAAGUGGCCAGCUGGCAUGCUCUUCCCGGUGCUGGAUGUACUGCGUCUGGCUGUACGCCAUGAGGUGGUCUACAGUCUACUGCACAAUAGUCACAAUGUGUUGAAUUUCGUGUUGCCCCAACUGGGCGGUGCGGCGGCCAAUCAACUGAUGGUUUGCCGCUGCCUGGCCAACGGGUUAACCCACCCGGAGGGGCGUAAACAGAUUGAGGCGCAGCUGCCGCAUAUUGUGGAGCUGGUCAGCGGCAUUCGUGCGGGCAGCGCCAAUUUGCAAAUAGCGAUUGCAACAUUCUAUUUAAAUGUGAGCAUUUCACAGACGCUGGACGUGGCACGGCCGGAGGUUUGCCAUGCGACUACCUCAGGUAUUGUGGAGCUGCUGAAGUGGGCCAGCGAUCUGGAGGCCUGGUAUCGCUCAAUGCAGGCCAUUGGCAAUCUGACGACAACGUCAAGUGGACAGGAGACGAUCGCUCAAGUUGUCUCCGUCGACUAUGUGAUGGACAAGUUGCGUGAGCUGACAAACACACAGCAGGAUGAGAACUUCACCAAGGUCAACCUGGUGGGCCAGGCGCUGCUCGCCGUAUUUUAAAGUCCAGCGUUGCUUCAUACAUUAAGUUUUACAAAUUUCUACAUAUUGGGAGUGUCGUUUUGAGAGUCUAAUUUAAUAAUAAUAAAAACAAAAACAUUUUGCUUA